UCCAGUAGUUUAUAUAGUUUUCUCCUUCCUAUAGAGUUUGUCCAAACAUAUUGGUGAGGGGAAAGAAAACAAAGAAAAUGAUGAAGUUUGAAGCUCAGAUUCUUUCAAAAGAAAUCAUCAAACCAUCUUCCCCAGAAAUUCAUAAAAAAGAACCCUUCAAACUCUGUGUAUUUGAUCAGCUAACUCCCACCACUUACGCUCCAAUCAUAGUAUUUUAUGCCCCGAGUGAUACCAACACCACCAAUAUUUUGACUCAGCUGAAGAAAUCUCUUUCAGAAACCCUAAACAUCUUAUAUCCCUUCUCUGGGAGAAUCUUUAGUAACAUGUUCAUCCAUGAUUUCGACGCCGGUGUUCCCUUUUUAUCGGCUCGAAUCGGUUGUCGAUUAUCCGAGUUUCUCAGGCAUCAUCAAAUUGAGACCUUGAACAACUUGCUCCCAUGCCCUCCUUUCUACAAGGAAUCAAAUCAUCAGGGUCCUCUCUUGGUUUGUCAAGUCACCAUGUUUGCAUGUGGGGGAGUAGCUUUAGGCAUCUGCGCCUCACAUAAAAUCACUGACGCCAAAACAGGCUUCAUUUUAACCUUUGUUUGGAGAACAAUCUGCCAAGGAUACCACCCUGAAAUUAAAUUUCCUGCCUUAUCUAAGGCAUCCUUGAUCUUUCCACCUAAAAAUCCAAUGCCCAAGAAUUACAUAUCCAUGAUGGAAAACUUAUGGUUCACCAAAGGUAAUUUUAUUACACGGAAAUUUGUGUUUAAUGAGGAAGCAAUAGCCAUCCUAAAGGACAUGGCAAAAGGGGAAGUCCAGACUACACCGACACGAACCGAAGCUGUCUCUGGUUUCAUCUGGAAAUGUUCAAUGGCGGCAUCCAGGGCGAUACAAGGAACCUUGAAACCAUCCAUUGUUGUCCAAGCAGUGAACAUGAGGUCAAAAGGGAAGCUUACGACAUUAGAUGGUUCGGUUGGGAAUGUAUUUUGGUGGGCGAGUGCACUCUCGAAUCCAGCCGAGACAGGCACCGAGUUAUCCACAUUGGUCGAGUUGAUGAGUCAAUCCAUUGCUGUUUUCGACGACGAAUACAUGAGAUCAAUCCAAGGUGAACAAGGGUUUGAAGCCAUCGCUGAGCACUUGAACCAGCUGGAGCUGUUGUUUUCCUUUGAAAAACCUGAUAUUUUCGCCUUCACCAGCUGGAUCAAUACUGAUUUUCACAAACUAGAUUUCGGAUGGGGGCAACCUUGUUCAUUUGCAAUACUGGGAAAAGCAGGGCCUGAAUUUAGAAACUUCACUGUUCUCGUUGAAACCAAAUAUGGGAAAGGAAUAGAAGCUUGGAUAACCUUAGAUGAAACCAAAAUGUCUGCACUACAAAAAGAUCAUGAAUUCCUAAACUUUGCUUCUCCAAGUCCCCAGAUUUCAAGCUUGUAAGCGUCUCUGGAAACACUUUGAUGAUCAAUAAAAGCUCCUCUACUAUGAAUAAGGUAUUUUCAGUAGUAUAUGGCUUCUACUUUUAUAUUUUGUCUUUCAGGUAUUUUUAAGCAUUGCUGUUGGAUUGCUAUGUUGGCCGGAUUAUUAGUUUUUCUUUUCUUUUCAAUUUUUUUUUAUCAGUUAGUGUUUAAUAUAUUAUUUAUUGGAAAUCAUUUUCAUUAGAAAUAAUUACCUCAUCAUGUAACUAUUUUUAAUUAUUUAAUGAUAUUUCAGUAAUGUUUUCA